AUGGUCACGAUAGCGCGAAAGCCGACAGAAACGAGAGUCCUCGACGUUAAAAGCAACCUGCGCAAGAUCAGGGACACGCUCACCUUACCCCGCAUUCUCAGCCCGGCACUCGGUCCGAACGCCGCGUCUGCGUCAUCUCGCCACCUUGAGCGUCUCCUCGCCUUGUCCUGCACGCCCAUAGGCGCCACUGUGUACAACCGUACUACGUCCCCCCAAUAUCAUACACCUUCAGCGCUCGUGAAUCUGGACUCUAGCGCCCGUGCGGGCCCAUGCUCCUCUCUUGGUGCAGUCUUCACCAUUGACCCGCGCGCGUCUGGUCUGGAUACGGCGUUCAGUGUGCUCGACGGUCAUAACAGCGCGUUCCGUGGUCUCUCAAUAUUCACCUCCCGCUGA